AUGCCGGCCCGGAGAGGCCACCGGAAGCCUGCCGGCCCCUGGCGGGGCGGGGGUGCCUUCUCGGGUGGCUUCUCCUGCCCCAGCCCGGCGCCGCCAAAGGCCAUUAAGCUGUCACGCUCCAUAUGUCUCACGUCCUUCUUCCGGCCCCGUGUGCGUGCGACGCCUCUGCCUCCCGUCUCCUCCUCUGCACUGAGUCACCGCCGUCCGGCCGGACAGCCCCCCGGCUCUGAGCUCACCGGCCCCGCCAUCACCGAGCCGCCCCGGAGCGGCGGCGUGGGGCCGAAGAGACCGGGUCCUUCCUGCAAGGACUCAGCCGGCCCAAGCGGCUGGAGGAGCUCAGAGAACGCGGGGCCGGGGCAGUGCCUCCGUGUGACGACGGAGCGGGGACGAGGUCCGGAGGCCCCAGCUCGGGUUCCGAGUCCGGCCCUGCGCCUCCCGUCCCCACGGCCGUGGGUGUGCCGCUCCGGGCUGCCCGCGUCUGAGGAUGCCGGCCCGACGUGUCGACACGAGGGGGCCGAUCCCCACUCCACCCGACCCGGCCUCUGGCCGCAGCCUCCCCGCCAGUUGCGGGCCUCAGAAAGAUCCUCCUGCAAGCGUCACGGGCAGGAAACCCUCGAAGGAGCACAGAGGUGGCGUCUCCCACGCGGCCAAGGUGCGGAUUGGGCUACAGCCCAUCCCUCCACUAAUCACAACGGAAAUCCACGCAAAAUGCAAACGAAAACUUCUGCCGAGGACGCGGUGAAGUGCGCAGAACUUCUGGGUUUUCCCGGCGGCUCUGCCCAGGAGGCGGGGCCCGGCCUCGGGUCAGCGCGGCCACGAGAGAGGCUCUGAUUGUGAUAGAAACCCCCUCCUUUCCAGGGAGAGAAACAGGGAGAGGGGCUCCUGCGGGCGGGGGGGGGGGCGAGGACCCAGGGAGGGA